GGCGCGGGCAGUAGUGGCGGCGCGCGCCGGCGCCGGCAUUCGGUCGCGAGCGCUCCUCCCGCACGCACGUGUCGCAGCCUACUCGUGACAUCACACAUCCACAAUGAGGUGGUCUUCCCUGAUCUUGGCCCUGGCGCUGACGGCUCUGUGUGCCGCCGCCCCCGCCCCCGCGCCCGCCGCCGACCCCAGUGACGACAGCAAACCAGAGAUCAUCGAGAUCAUCGCGCCCGCCAACCCCGGCGCGCAGGAGACGCUGGCGUCGCUGGACCUGGGCGCGCCCGGCUCCGAGCUCGGCGACCGCAACAAGCGCACCAUCGGCAUACUCCGGCAGCUGUUCCCUCAACUCACACAGAUACUUGAACAAAAAGUCCAGCAGCUCACAAGCGUGGUGCUGCAGACGUUCGGGCCCGUGGUGCUGCGUGCCUUCCUGGGCAACCGCGGGGGCGAGGCGGGCAACACGGGCGGCGGGGGGGGCACCGUGGAGCUCAGCGACGACGACAGCGACGAGGAGGAAACCAGUGACGUCACCACGGAGGCGGGCGAGCGGCGGCGGCGCGCGCUCCCGGUACCACCAUCCCGCGCACUAACACUAGCCUGCCCAGACCGCAGCGCGCUCACUGUCACCGUCAUGUCACCGCAUGAAUCGUAUCACCCGUCACCAACCCCUUCUUGUACUGAUUGUGUGUUGUGUUUGCAGAACGUGGCGGCAGACGAGAACCAACUCCUGUCUGGUGCGGAAUCUCAGCAGGCUGAAGUGAGGGUGGCUUUCGGCGAGGGCGGCGCGGCGGCGGCGGAGGGCGCGGCGGAGGGCGCGGCGGGGGCGGGGGCAGGGGAGGACCAGCAGGCCGCGGCGCAGACCAACAACGCCAGCAUUGACGAGAUCUCACUCGAUGAUGCCGACGCGAGCGGCGAGGACAGGAAUAAGAGGUUCUUGAGCUUCGGAGGCUCGGGCGGCGCGGGCGGCGGCGGCGGCUCCGGCAACUUCCUCUUCGACAUCGUCCGGCUGGUAGCGGGCUCGUCGUCGGGCUCGAGCGGCGGCGACGCGGGCGCGGAGAGCGAGGGGGACGAGGCUAGCGCGGGCAAGGGAGACAACCUCACCGAGGGCGUGCCCGGGCCCAUCACGCGGCUCUUCAUCAUCGCCAACCGCGGCAUCGCCAACCUCGUGCAGGACCUCAUCCUGCGCCUCGCGCAGACCUCCGAGCGGAUAGUCAACUUCAAGGCGCGGCUCAUCACCUCCAUCAUCUAAGUGUAGCCAAUACCUCCCCCCCUCCCCUCCCCCCACUCCCUCUCCCCCCGCCCCGCGCCCCGCGCGCGCUAGCCCUAAGGACAGUAUUUAUGACGCCGCCCGCGCGCCGCUCGCAUCCCCAUUCAUUACCCCCUAGUUAAGUCAUCCACGAGGCAGUCGGUGCUCCAUCCCUCACCUCACGACCCAUUCGCAUUGGCUGGUCAUGCCCCCUACUGAUGGGCUCUCAAUCGUUCAUACUUCGCCGUCAUCGGUCAUCUUAACCUGAUUUAAUGUAAGUGUGGCGGCGGCGCGGGCGGCGGGCGCGGGGCCUAGUGUAGGUAGUUUAUGUUAGUUGGUUGUCGGACGCGGUGCGCCGGGCCGCCCCUGGGCCGAGCCCGCCCCGGGCCGAGGCCGAGGCCGGACCGGCGCUACUUCCUGCUCAAGCUUUUUUUACUAAAUAAAUGGAAUGUGACAAUUUGAUAUUUGUUUUUACGUUUGUAAAUAUGUAUUAUAGAGGAAUUUUUGUAUAAAAUUAAAUAAUGUAGUUAAUUAA